AUGGAGGAGGAACGAAGUUUAUCGCCGUUCUCUUCGUUUGCAGAGCGAUUGACAGUCAACAUGUGGCAUGCUCAGAGAAAUGUAGAAAGAGUGACAUUGUAUUUACAAGAGCCGCGACAUGUUGAGAAUAUCGCCGGAAGCAUGGAGGACGAGUGGGAUUAUAUCGAAGAGUGCUCAAGCCGUCGAAAAGGAAAUGAUCGUCUGCGCACGGCUUCUGUCGCUAUCAUUAUGUGUCUUCAUUUGGGAGUGGAUCCACCGGAAGCGCCGUCUCGUAAAGACGCUCCAGCACGUCUUCUCUCGUGGGUCGAUCCGUACAAGUGUGGAGCUCACAAGGCUGCGAUGGAAGUCGGUCUGAGCACACAGAGGGCGUACGAGAAGUGGCAGCCGAAAUCAAAAACCCGCUACAAAAUCUGCACGGAUCCUCCGAUCGACGACGUCCGCAAAGUGGCCACCAACCUCCGUCGUAUAAGUGGAAACGAUCGAGUUCUGUUCCAUUACAACGGUCACGGUGUGCCACGACCCACAGAUAAUGGAGAGAUUUGGGUGUUCAAUAAAAGCUUCACCCAAUACAUCCCUCUGUCGAUAUUCGAUCUCCAAGGAUGGUUGGACUAUCCGACAAUCUAUAUUUGGGAGACACACUCAGCAGAGACAAUUCUUCAGAAUUAUCGACGAUUUGGUGAUGAUCAGAAGAUCUCUUGGCAAAGCAGAUUCGAUCGAUGGCAAGAGGAACAACGAAAUCUUCCACCGAUUUCCUCGAAAAUGAAUGAUGCAGACGCAGCGGAAGCGUUGGGAUUCCCAGAGAAAUAUCCGAAAUAUAAUGAUUGCAUUCACUUGGCAGCUUGUAGUGCUGGUCAAUACCUCCCCAUGUCGAAUCCUCAUCUUCCUGCAGAUCUAUUCACUUCUUGCCUCACUACACCGAUUCGAACGUCUCUGGCAUUCCAUCUGAGCCAUUCUGAACGUCGAGACGAGUAUCCAGAGAAUAUUCUGGAUAUGAUCCCAGGAAAUCUUGCGGAGAGACGAACGGUCCUUGGAGAGCUCAAUUGGAUAUUCACGGCCAUCACAGACACAAUCGCUUUCACCUCGAUAGAUCGAGAUUGCUUUCAGAGGCUGUUCCGACAGGAUCUUCUUCUGGCGACACUCUUCAGAAGUUUCCUACUAGCUCAACGAGUCUUAUCAAAGUUUGAUGUUCAACCAGUAUCUCAACCUGCUCUCAAAGACACUUCUCGACACGAUCUAUGGAGGUGUUGGGAUCAAACAAUGGAUAUGGUGCUGGAUUACUGUAGGGAGCUGAUCUAUGUGAAGGAUACCGAGAGAGCUCUGUUCUGUGGAAGAGAUGUCAUCAAUAGAAGCAGUGUAUUCCCAUUUUUGGUCCUCAUUGACUUCGAACACGUGCUCACCUACAACGAAACCCACCAAUACAACACAUUCUUCACUGAGCAGCUUCAAGCUUUUGAGUUAUGGCUGGAUUAUGGAGUGGACGAAGGAACACCCCCUCUUCAGCUUCCAAUGGUUCUUCAAGUGCUGUUGAGUCAGGCACAUCGAGUUCGUGCUUUGAGAUUGCUAGCUAGAUUCUUAGACUUUGGAAGGUGGGCAAUUGGAUACUCCCUGGCUGUUGGAAUCUUCCCAUAUGUUCUCAAACUGCUCCAAAGUAAUAUUAACGAUCUAAAAAUCUCUUUGGCAUUUAUUUGGGCAAAAAUCCUGGCAGUCGAUCCAUCCUGCCAAAUUGAACUGUUCAAUGAGUGUAUUGAUGAAUCUGCGAGCACCCAGGCAGCGGCUCAACAAGCUGCUCAACAGCCACCACCCCAGGAGUCUGUCUCUCUGAAGCAGUCGUCCAUGUUCGUCAAUCAUCCCCCACCGCCACAACUUCAGAUGGAUAAGCGUGCUCUUCAGAUCAACACGCAGACCGGUGGAAGAUUCCAGAACAAUCAGAACCAGGCGUUGGAUAUGCAACUACAGUAUGCUCAGCAACAUGCUCAGCAGAGACAAAAUGGAGGUCAACAGUCACCUAAUCCACAGCGGCAGCAGCAGCAAGGCCAACAGCAACAGCAGCAGAACAAUCAGCAACAGAAUGGCCAGCAAAAACAGAAUAAUCAGCAGUCACAGCAACAACAACAGCAGCAGCAGCAAGGCACCACGACACAGGCUCAAGAGAAGAAGACGAUGCUGCGAUUCCAGUACUUCCUCCAGCUACUCGCCGACCCGGAUAUCAAACCCAAACAGAAAACAGUAGCGGCGUUCGUUCUAGCUCAAUUGACAUCCAACAACUUCAAACUGGCACAAAAAGAGCUCACUAGCAAAGGAUACAUGGCAAUCUGUACCGAGUUGAUGGUUGACGACACUGCGAGAUCUGUAAAAUUGCUCAAGCUGUGGAUUCUAAUUGGUCUUGGACGUCUCUGGUCGGAUUAUGAUGUAGCUAGAUGGCAGGGAAUCCGUCUGAUGGCUCAUGAUAAAAUGAUUCUGGAGCUGAGUGAUGAUUCGGCGGAAGUCAGAGCUGCUGCGGUUUUUGCUCUGGGAAGCUUGCUCCGGAAUUCGUCGAGAUCCAAUGAACAUGCGUCUGCAGUAGAGGAGAAUCUCGCUGAUGAAUUGUGUAUGCAGUGCGUCUUUGAUAGUUCGGUACUGGUCAGAGAGGAGCUGAUCGUUGCUCUCCAGUGGUUCGUCUUUGAUUUCGAGAAGAGAUUUAUUAAAUUCCUGCUGGAUCUGUCGAAUCAAGUGAAGUUUAAAGUUCCGAGAAGACGAAAUUCUGAUUCGAUAACCGAUGAAGAUGAUAUCAACGAAGAAGGGCUAGAUAUCGCUUCUGAGAUGCCGUCCAGCCGACGUCCACACGCCAAAACCCCCCCAGUCAACGAGUUCACUCAAACAUCGUUCAUUCGAAAGAAGGCGUCGACGAGUGUAUUCAACACGGCGGUUGAAGAAUCAUUCACCUAUGACCUAGGAGGGAAUCUGAUUUUGAUGGGACACGAGAACGAGAACUACGUAGAGCGAGAAUCUGGAGACGUUGAGUAUCGAGAACGCGCACGUCUUCAAAUCAAACAUCUCGAAGCCAAGACGUUCAAUGAAGCCGUCGCGAGAACGUGGCUAUCAUUGCUCCGACUAUCUUUGGAUCCGAUUGAAAGAGUCGCUCGAAUGGCACAAAAAAUAGUGCAUCGUGUUGAAGCUGGAAUACCGGAGAUGAUAGCCAACAUUGAUAACACAAUGGCAGUCCUGAAUCGCAAGAUGAUCGCUCGUAAAACGUCCCGAGCCACUGUCGAAAUGCCACGUCGACCCGUCGGACCAAACGAGGAGGUCAGCAAUCUAGCGGAUAGAAUCAAACGAAAUCUAGAAGUUGAACGAGAAACCGGUGUUGGCUCGCAGGGCAUUGAUUUCACACUGAUGAAUGCGCAGAAAGAUAAGGAGCAGCGGAAGGGAAAGAGUCAGUUGAAUAAGUUGCAGGACGAGUCGAAAGUCAAGUUUCAAGUUGGAAGUCCCGCGGAUCCCCAUCAGCAGCAUUCUAGAAAUCCAAUGUCACCUGGUAGCUCAUUCACUGAUGACACCCAGAGCAGCGAGCUAUUCUCGAAGGAUGAGGAAAGCGAAGAAGAGGAGAACGGUGUAGCCGUCGCGAGAUCGGCUACAGAAGAGCGUGACGUGGCAACGACGGCGUCUGGAAAGACUGUCAAGGGUGUAUUCAGAAAAUCCGACUUCAUUGACGCCGCUACCAUGGAAUUCACCCCAAGACGAUCCAAGGCUGUCCCCGGAGACUUCGCUCUGAAAGAGGAGUCAAAAACCCUUCGAGCCGUUAUAGAAAACCCAAUUGUGACGACUCACUUCGUCGCAUGGUGCAGUAAAGUGUUCGUCGAACCGAUUCUCCACGUCAUUACUCUUGACGAGGAGAAGGCGUUGGAAAUGGAGCACGAGGAUGAGGAUGAAUUCAUGCCUGACGCGUAUAGAGACAAGAUUAAAGAGAUACAGAAACAGGAUAAGGAGAAGAGUGAUCAGAAAAGAGCAAGGGAUAAAAAGGAGGGGAAAAAGGAGAAGAGUCAAGAAGACGUGGUUCUGACGACGACGACGAUUAGUGAUUGGGCGAUUCAUGCGAUGGAAGGAAUGCUUCAAAGUGCUGAAGUGGAGGGAAGAGAUUUUGAUAACAAUAGAUACGACGAAUGCCUCUGGAGAGUCAAAUUGCCACAUCAAGCACGAUCAGUGGUUACUUCGAAGUUGAGAAGAUGUAUGUACGCUACUGAUGGUCAAUGGAUGACAAUCAUUCGCCAGGAUCACAAUCCAAAACUGUUCCGUCGCUUCGAACUAACCGACAACAAUCCAUUCUGCCCAUCCUUUAUUUCUCAACUGAUUCUUAUCAAUGAUAUGUCGAGGGAAAUGGUGAUCGCUUGUAGCUCGAACGGUGUCGUCCGCAUUUGGGAUCCUUGUUUUUUGGCGUGGUGUGAUGACUAUGAGAAACCGGCGGAGUUGGUGUCGGCGUCGUUCCCACUGGAAUCGCAAAUGAAAUUGAGUGACGAUACGAAUCGAUGUCUUUUUGACUGGAACCAACAAAACGGAAAACUCCUCUGCACCGGAAGUCGAAGUGUCCGUAUUUGGGAUGCCCACUGCGAGAAAGUGUGUCAAGACGUAAUGUACUCUCCAGGCAGCAAACAACAAGGAGGUCUCGGCGUGAAACUCGACAAGAACACUCUUCCAACAGCCAUGUCUGGAAAUCUAGACGAAGAGGGAAACAUGGUGGCAGUCGGGUAUGGAGACGGUCGUGUCGACUAUUUCGAUAUGAGAAUGGCGAAUCCAAAAGCGGCGAAAUGCAGUUUAGCUCCAGUCAACGGUCACACGAAUUUCGAAUCUAAACCACCGGGAAUCAUGCAUUUGAGAGUGAAUCGAACUGGAUAUGCGACUGAGUUGUUUGCUGGAAGUCAGGAUGGAUCAAUUUACAAGCUUCAGCUUCGAAUGUUCAAAGAAGCCACGCCAUCUAUUGUCACCCCAUGGACACCCGGAGAGCACUCGCACAUGUGGGUCCACGAUGACUCGAGAAUCCUCGCAUCAGCGUCAAGACAGCACGUGGCUAUUUAUGAUGUGGCGAAAAACAAAAAGAUCUCGUACUUCCAACCACCGACCGCCGCCGACGUGGUUCGUACACCACACCAAGCACUACCGAAACAUCAGAGGAAGCUUUCAUCGAUUUUUUCGACGCAAUCAGAUUCGAGGAUGACUGAAAUAAAUUCAAGGGCGGUACAAGAUAGGCGGAAACAAUCGGAAAAUCCUCCAAGUGUUAUUUCGUUGACAAUGCAUCAAAUGAGACUGCUUACCGUAGUCGGCUACAGUGACAAAACCGUCGCCGUUUUUGGUUCCAAAACUCCAGGACUCACAGGAACCUACGAUACGACACAAGACGCUAAUGUUGAGGGAAAAUUCUAA